AUGGCCUCCACUCGUGUCCUCGCCUCCAGACUCGCCACUCAGAUGGCCACCAAGGCCGCCCGCCCUGCGGUGCGCGUCUCUGCCAUGCCCAAGCGCACCAUCACUGGCUUCUCCAGCCCCCUCCAGGCUGUCAAGCGCCAGCAGGCCACCACCAUCAAGUCCUCCAAGGUCUUCACCCAGGUCCAGGCCAAGCGCGCUUACUCUUCUGAGAUCGCCCAGGCCAUGGUCGAGGUCUCCAAGAACUUGGGUAUGGGUUCCGCCGCCAUCGGUCUUACCGGUGCUGGUAUCGGUAUCGGUCUGGUCUUCGCCGCCCUCCUCAACGGUGUUGCCCGCAACCCUGCCCUCCGUGGCCAGCUCUUCUCCUACGCCAUUCUUGGUUUCGCUUUCGUCGAGGCCAUCGGUCUUUUCGAUCUCAUGGUUGCCCUCAUGGCCAAGUUCACGUAA